UAUCCGGAUAGUUAGAGCUGUACCUAGAUGGGGAUCUUGAAUGGCAAGGGCCUGGCACCUGGUUCUGCUUCCAAUGCCAUUUCUAGUUGGUUUUUAGCAAAUUAACUGUCCUCCUACUUGAUACCUGCUUUUUUCUCUUCUGAUAGGAGGCUCUGGGUCCAGCUUCCGUCUCACUUCUCUACUUUCCUUAAUUUUCUCCCCCCCCUCACCUCUUCUGCUUGCCUGAUCCCCCACAGCUUUUGGUUACAUGGGUCUCUCUCUCUCCCUCCCUAUGAACUUGGCCUAGGAAUUACUUAUCUGUGUUUCAUGUUUCCCUAACCAGCUCCUCAGGGCUGGGAACCUGUCUCCAUGACCUAUACUUCUGUCCUGUGCAAAUAUAUUCAUCUUCUGAGCAUGUAGCUGGGAACAUGUUAUUAGUUUUUUGCUGGGCCCUGCUGAGAUUGUUGGGUAGGAAGGAACCUUGGAGAUUAGUGGGAUGGGGACAAAGGGUUUAAGGCUUCUGGUCCCUUCUCCUAGACUAGAACCAUCUUCCAUUGUCUCUCCCCACUGCAUGGAUGACUACAAUGGUAAAAGCAGCUAUUAAGUAUGCCCUGAGUGUAGGCUACCGCCACAUUGACUGUGCUGCUGUCUACGGCAAUGAGACUGAGAUUGGGGAGGCCUUGAAAGAGAAUGUGGGGCCUGGCAAGGCGGUGUCUCGGGAGGAGCUGUUUGUGACUUCCAAGCUGUGGAAUACUAAGCACCACCCCGAGGAUGUGGAGUCUGCCCUCCGGAAGACACUGGCUGACCUCCAGCUGGAGUAUUUGGAUCUGUACCUGAUACACUGGCCUUAUGCCUUUGAGCGAGGGGAUGACCCUUUCCCUAAGAAUGCUGAUGGGACUAUCCGCUAUGACUUCACUGACUACAAGGAGACCUGGAAGGCUCUGGAGGCACUGGUGGCUAAGGGGCUGGUGCGGGCGCUGGGCCUGUCCAACUUCAACAGUCGGCAGAUUGAUGAUCUGCUCAGUGUGGCCUCUGUGCGUCCAGCUGUCCUGCAGGUGGAAUGCCACCCAUAUCUGUCUCAGCAUGAGCUGAUUGCCCAUUGCCAAGCACGCGGCCUGGAGGUGACUGCUUACAGCCCUUUGGGCUCCUAUGAUCGUGUUUGGCGUGAUCCUAAUGAACCUGUCCUGUUUGAGGAGCCAGUGGUCCUGGCACUGGCUGAAAAGUAUGGCCGGUCUCCAGCCCAGAUCUUGCUCAGGUGGCAGGUCCAGCGGAAAGUGAUCUCCAUCCCCAAGAGUGUCACACCUUCCCGUAUCCUUCAGAACAUCCAGGUUUUUGACUUCACCUUUAGCCCAGAAGAGAUGAAGCAGCUAGAUUCCUUGAAUAAAAAUUGGCGAUACAUUGUGCCUCUGCUUACAGUAGAUGGGAAGACGGUGCCAAGAGAUGCAGGGCAUCCUCUGUACCCCUUUAAUGACCCAUACUGAAACCACAGCUUCCUGGUUUCCUGUCCAGAUCUCCAGCUACGAGGUACUGCCACCCCCUGAAAGAGCAAGUUAAUAAAGCCAUUGGAACAUCUACA